AUGCAGCCAAGAGAAGUGGAUUGCAAGUGGGAGAGCGCGGCCCGUAUCGUGGACGAGCUGCAGUUUCUCACACUGCGGGAGUUCAAGCUGGGUGUUAAUGGCAAAGACUUUGCUGAGGAAGAGAAGCGGCACAUUUUGGGCUGUUUCGAUGCCUUGCGUCGGCGCGGUGUCGACUUUAGGCUGUUUUUCGAUGGCGACCUUUAUCACAGUGAUUCACCCACUGUAUCAGCAGGCCAAUCGAAGACUCCCGAGUUGCACAUUGAAGACAGACAGUUGUCUGGAGUGCCUCUUACAUCUAAUGACGACGAGCACCAAUUGAGCAUCUGA